AUGGGACACUUGAAGACACGAGUAUUGAUCAUCUCCUGCUUAUUAUUUACAUGUUACGAAGCAGAAAAAUUAAAAACCAGAGGUCUACGACAGAAGGAUGUUGACUACAUGGAGAAAUAUUCCAGCUGCAUCCAGGGUCCAGCAGGCACCCAGGGGAGGGAUGGAAAUCCAGGAGUGAAUGGAAUUCCAGGUACUCCCGGAGUACCGGGCCGGGAUGGUGCAAAAGGGGAGAAGGGUGAAUGUGUGACAGAAAGGUUUGAAGAGCCGUGGAAACCCAACUACAAGCAAUGUGCCUGGAACUCUCUCAACUAUGGCAUUGACCUGGGCAAAAUUACAGAGUGUACGUUCACUAAGCAGCGUGCAGACAGUGCUCUCCGUGUGCUGUUCAGCGGCUCACUCAGGCUGAAGUGUAAGACAGCUUGUUGCCAGCGCUGGUACUUCACUUUUAAUGGAGCCGAAUGCGCCGCUCCGCUGCCUAUAGAGUCCAUCAUUUACCUGGACCAGGGAAGUCCAGAAUUCAACUCCACCAUCAACAUACACAGAACCACGUCAGUUGAAGGUUUAUGUGAAGGAGUUCGGAAAGGCCUGGUGGAUGUUGCGAUCUGGGUGGGAACCUGCGGUGACUACCCACACGGAGACGCUUCCACCGGCUGGAAUUCUGUUUCCCGCGUGAUCAUAGAAGAGCUUCCUCUGAGCAGCUGAGUCCCUCACAGUC